AGUAUCUUUGAUUGUAUGUAGCCUAGCCUAGGCCUAAAUAACCCCUAUAGUUUACUUUCCAAAAGAAGUACUGUUUUUAUUUUCUACUAGAGGAGUUAUGUCUAAAAAAACUAUUGCAUAUUUUUACGACGCCGACGUAGGAAACUUUCAUUAUGGUCCUGGACAUCCAAUGAAACCACAUCGUCUGGCCUUAACACACAACCUGGUACUUAAUUAUGGUUUAUACAAAAAAUUACAGGUGUAUCGACCUUACAAAGCAUCAGUUCAUGACAUGUGUCGGUUUCAUUCAGAAGACUACAUUGACUUCCUUCAGAAAGUCACACCUCAGAAUAUACAAAAUUAUACUAAAAGUCUAAGUCAUUAUAAUGUUGGAGAUGAUUGCCCUGUUUUUCCUGGACUGUUUGACUUUUGUUCAAUGUAUACUGGUGCUUCAUUAGAAGGGGCUUGUAAGCUCAACAAUAAUCUGUGUGACAUUGCUAUUAAUUGGUCAGGAGGUUUACAUCAUGCAAAAAAGUUUGAAGCAUCUGGUUUCUGCUAUGUCAAUGACAUUGUUAUAGCUAUAUUAGAGUUAUUAAAAUACCAUCCUAGAGUACUGUAUAUAGAUAUUGAUAUUCACCAUGGCGAUGGAGUUCAGGAAGCCUUUUAUCUCACAGAUCGUGUUAUGACUGUUUCGUUUCAUAAAUAUGGUAACCAAUUCUUUCCUGGUACAGGAGAUAUGUAUGAAAUAGGGAUGGAAAGUGGUCGUUAUUAUUCUGUCAAUGUACCAUUGAAGGAUGGGAUUGAUGAUGCUAUGUAUUCAGAACUUUUCAAACCAGUCAUUCAAAGUGUUAUGGAGUAUUACAGACCAACUUGUAUAGUUUUACAAUGUGGUGCAGAUUCACUUGGCUGUGAUAGACUAGGCUGUUUCAACCUCAGUAUCAAAGGUCAUGGAGAGUGUGUAAAUUACAUCAAAUCAUUCAAUCUACCUUUGCUAGUUCUUGGUGGUGGAGGUUACACUGUCAAAAAUGUUGCAAGGUGUUGGACUUAUGAAACUGCUCUGCUACUAGAUGAGGAAAUCAAUAAUGAGCUUCCAUACAAUGAUUACUUUGAGUAUUUUGGAACAGAUUUCACACUCCACCCUGACACAACUACACGGAUAGAAAAUAGCAAUUCUAGAGCAUACAUAGAUCAAGUAAGGCAGUCGGUUCAGGACAAUCUGAAGUGUUUACAGCAUGCUCCAAGUGUUCAGAUGCAGCAUGUUCCAAACAGUAUACUUAGUCUAGAAACAACAGAAGAACCAGACCCUGAUUCUAGAAACAAUCAAGUAGAGCAAGACAACAGGAUUGAUGCAGCCAAUGAAUUUUACGAUGGUGACAAAGACCAAGAUAAAGAAGAUGGUGUUUUAGAUGUAUGAUGAUAAACUCAACGAUUACUAGUAACAUUCUGUAUCAAAGUGCCCACAUCAUUCACUCAUCUUGUACCUGGAUUAUUUUUAUCUUUUUUAAAAUUAUUUAUGGCCACAUCAUUUAUUCAUUUGCAUCUGGAUUAUUUUUGAACAUUUUUUUUUAUUUACUUUUAUUGUCAUCCAGUGGGCCAGUAACUGUAUGGAACACACUAAAAGGCAAGACACUUUUUAUUCCUUGUUUUUUGUACUUAUUUUUCAUCGGAGGAAUAAAAAUAAAAA